AUGGCUCUCAAGACUUCCAAACCAAACGACCACAUGUACAUCCAUUAUUCUAGUCAUGGCUCGUGUCGGGCGAUGGAUGGUGCAGUCGCGCUCGAACUUGUCAACCCUCUGGCCCUUGUGAACGAGUACUUGUACGGAACCAGACACGGCGCAAAGGUCUCUGACAAGAUACUUCAUCAGCAUCUUCGAGCACAAUUUCCCUGCCGGCUUCCAGACCAGACUCCAAUGCUAUAUGAUCAUCGUAGAUUUGCGUUAUUUGGAGACUUUGUGGAUAAUACUAGCCACACCAGUAUCUCCACGGUGUCUAUGCAUCGCAGCAUGGAAGAUGGCUGCCUUAUUCUCCAUGCUGGACAAGCUGAUGGAGUUCACAGGAAUGACGAAUAUGCUUUGACGCCUUUUGACCGAAGCACAAACCUGAAUCAUAGAGCUUCGAUCCGCUGUAGAGUCUACGAAGUCGAAUGCUUAUCAUCCAAGAUAGAGACUCUCGACCAGAAAAACGAAGCUGGCAUUGUAAGAGGUUCAACGUGGGAGGCCAUUCUCUUAGCAUCGUUAUCACGCCGAAAGAUCCAGAUUUGUCUUGACCUAGAAAAGAGUGUCUGUGCGGCUCUUGUUCAAGCAGAAUCAGCAACUAGUUACCUUAAGUUAUGCCACAAAUCCUCGACCGACAGUAAAAUAGCACCAUUGGCAUAUGUCGUCAAGAAAACACUAAAAGACUGUGAGAUCUCUGAUCUCACAGCUGAACAGACCUAUGUUGUGGCCAAGGUCCUAUACGAUCCCAAAGAAAAUACUGGAGCUCUUUUUGAUGUCUUGGAUCACAUAUCAGGUACAAGUUCUUUGAGGGCAUCGAGAACCGGCUGUCAAGUUCUGUCCUGGAAAGAUCAUUCUCUUUACAAUGCUCAGAACGUCUCUAAGUCCCGACAAGUAUUUUCACAUCAAACAUGGGUAAACUCUGAGCAUAACGAUGAAUAA